UUAUACUAUAUUCCUCCUUUUGCUAUCUCACUCACUCUAUAGCCCCCACCUUAUAUACAUUACUUUCCCUGUGCUUUUUAGGCGAGAUAAUCAUCAGACACAAACGUAGAGAGAGACACAAUCUUGAGUCUUAGGUAUCAAUGGGUUCGUCUUCGGGUCAGAGCAGUGGCAGCUACGAUCUCUCAUUCAAGAUCUUACUGAUCGGAGAUUCGGGCGUCGGAAAAAGUAGUCUCCUUGUCAGCUUCAUCUCCAAUUCCGUCGAAGAUCUUUCACCUACCAUUGGUGGGAAGAAAUUGAAGCUCACAAUUUGGGAUACUGCUGGACAGGAGAGGUUCAGAACAUUAACAAACUCUUAUUAUAGAGGUGCCCAAGGGAUCAUUCUUGUUUAUGACGUUACGCGCAGAGACACCUUUACAAACUUAUCAGAUGUUUGGGCUAAAGAAGUGGAACUCUACUCAACUAAUCAGGGCUGUAUCAAGAUGCUUGUUGGGAAUAAAGUUGAUAUAGAUUCUGAAAGGGUGGUGAGUAGAGAGGAGGGAAUUGCACUGUCAAAAGAACUUGGAUGUUUGUUUCUUGAAUGCAGUGCUAAAACUAGAGAAAACGUGGAGCAAUGCUUUGAAGAACUUGCAUUAAAGAUAAUGGAGGUUCCUAGUCUUUUGGAAGAAGGAUCUACUGUGGUGAAGAGAAACAUCUUAAAGCAGAAACAGGAAUACCAAGCACCUCCAACUGGUGGUUGUUGCUCUUAAAAAUCAAGAGUCACGUAUCAUGAACGGAUCAUGUACAUGUUAAUUUCUCUUCUAAUUUCUUACAGUUGUCCUCUCUCUGUAUUUGGGUUGCUUAAUUACUCGUACCAUUCAAAAUGGAAUUGACACUCAUAUAAGAUAUACUAGCUUGUGUAAAUUGUUUCCCGUGUUGAUGAGAACAAAUUGCUUGUAUUUUUUUUUUUUUUGCUAUUAUUUGUUUAACACAGUUUUCCACUUGUUGCUUGAAUUGUUGAAGCUUUUUAACUCUACAACGCAGCUACGAGUUAU